CUGAGAGGAGUCAGAAAGGUCCCAGAACUUGACGUAUAGCCCACUUGGGCUGAAAUAAAACAAACGAGACCGCAGUCAGGAACUCAACACCGCCACCGUCGGUUCCGGCAUGGAAAGCCAACUUUACCGCAGCGUGGAGGAACAAAACCCAGUGUCAGUCCUACAUCCCUUUCCUCUCACAACAUCGCAUCAUCUGGUAAAGUCAACAUAAUUCGAGCUACUCAAAAUGGACUCCAUCGACGUCGCCAUCAUUGGCGCCGGACUAAGCGGCCUUCAAGCAGCGACAGACCUGCAAGCCGCAGGCUUUUCAUUCGUCGUUCUCGAGGCGCGGGAUAGGGUAGGAGGAAAGACAUGCUCGAUACAACGGGCAGACGGAAAAGGUGUCCAGGAGCUAGGCGCGGCGUGGAUUAACGACACGAACCAGGAACGGGCGUGGGCGCUGGCGAAGAAAUUUGGAUUGACACCCAUCACGCAGAACAUCAAGGGAGAGGUUGGGUUCCAGGAUGUGAAUGGAGAAUGUCAUAGUUUUAUGUACGGCGAGAUGCCCAAGUUCAGUAAAGUCGAAAAGCAAGACGCCGUUCGAAUUCGGGAUUUAGUCGAGGCCGCAACUCUUGAUCCGGCAAAUUUCAUUGGAGCGAGAAGGGCAGAACUGGACUCGAUAAGCUUCGAAGAGUUUAUCCGGGCAGAAGGGGCAUCCAAACGCGCACUCCAGACUGCUUGUAUCUGGUUCCACGGCAUGCUGGGAACCGAACCGAGCGAAGUCUCCGCACUCUCGUAUCUCGAGAUGUGCAGAGGCGGGUUGGGAAUCAUGAAUCUGCGUAACGAUGGAAAGCAUGGAGCGCAGUACCUCAGACUCCGAGAAGGAACACAGUCUCUUGCUAAUGGCUUGGCGAGGGAACUACCCGCUGACCGCAUCAAACUGUCCUCGCCAGUAACAGCCAUCACGCAGCUUGGCAAAGAACGGUACGGCGUGACGCUUUCCAGCGGCGAGGUAGUCUUCAGCAAGAAAGUCAUCGUCAGUAUCCCAAGCACAACAUACCGGAACAUCAAAUUCAGCCCUCCUCUGCCUCCCCAACGACAAGCCUACGCCACGGCGGUCAGGUACGGCUGGUACGUCAAGUACCUCCUGCUCUUCAAAACACCAUUCUGGCGCAACGGAUCACGCUGCGGACUUGCGCAGAGCUUGGCCGGGCCGGUGUCCAUUUUCCGGGAUACGUCGGAUGACGGGACGGAGAACUAUGCGCUUACGUGUUUCAUUGGGUCGCGGCCGGGUAGGAAGUGGAAUGCACUUCCGGAGGCGGAAAGGCAGAGAGCCGUGUUGGAGCAGAUAUCUCAGAUCUUUGGGGUGGACAGUAAGACUCUAAAGGAUAACUUCAUUGAGGCCUUAACCUCGCCGUGGAUGGAAGACCGCUGGGCUGGGUUCGGGUGUCCGGUUCCGACUACGCCGCCGGGUGUGUUGGGGAACUUGGAGGGGAACUUCUUGUUUGAGCCGUUCAAUGGGGUUUACUUUGUUGGAACGGAGUUGACGGACGAGUGGAGGGGCUAUAUGGAGGGGGCGCUGCGUAGUGGUGCCAGGGGUGCAAAGCAGAUUCUUGAUGCGUUUUCUGAGGGGUCCAAGUUAUGAGGUGUAGAUAGGUUGGGUACGAUUUCGUCCUAUGCCUUCGAACAUGUUAACGCUAACCCCUUUUCUAUUCCGUCUGCCCAGACAAUGUAUGUUAAAAUGCUUCCAAAGCCUGGAUGAGUGAACUCAGCUCCGACUUAUCAGAGCCCGAUUCCCUACUUUUUCAAACCCCGAUAUUGUUGUCUAGGUUGAGACGAUAACAGCGGCCACGCAUGGUUGCGGACCCGACAAAUGCAAGUUGGCGAAUUUUGCUCUUUAUCAGACGGUUACCCCAAAUGACAUCAGGUCAGCCG